UGUUCUCUAUUCGCACAAAUUACUUUGUCAGUUGCGCGAAGUUCAAGAACGCACUGAAGAUGAAUAUUUCUGGAUUUGAGUUAAAUGAAGAAACGGUUUCUUACCUACGAGAAAAGGAAUCACGGGGCUUUAAUGUUCCCUACAGUAAUUUUACUACCAAACAGGCCAGAGAGUGGUCUUUGACUGUGGUAAAACACUUUUCAGGCAGCUGGCCGUUUGACGGUAACAUCAAGGAGAUACGAGGGCCAUCGGACCAGGUACCAGACGGCAUACCCGUGACAGUCUACACGCCACGUGACUUACCAUCCAAACCUAUCGUCUGGGUAUAUUUUCACGGUGGUGGCUGGGUGGUCGGCUGUAGGGAAGGAUAUGACACCCUGUGUCGUCGGGUGGCUAGCUCAGCUAAGUGCAUAGUGUUGAACGUUGAAUACCGCCUUGCACCUGAACAUAAGUUUCCAGCAUGUAACGAUGAUGCGAAGAGUGUGGUGCAGUGGGUAAUGGACAAUCGCGGUGACAUAGGUGGUCAUCCCAACAGUCCCGUGGGGGUGGGAGGAGACAGUGCGGGAGGGGCCAUCGCGACCACAGUUUGUUACGAGGUCAAAGGAAUCGCUUUUCAGAUUCUGGUGUAUCCUAAAGUAGACACUCGCUUAGAUCGUCUGUCCUACAAGCAAUUUCCCGAAGGGCCUGUUCUGCCAAGAGAGCUUCUCUUUUGGUUUUUUGAACAAUGGUUAACAAAAGCAGACUAUAAGAACAUCCGAGUAAAUCCUCAGAUUAGAGAGGCUGAUGGGAUACUUCCGCCGGCUCUUUUCAUCAUAGCUGAGUGUGACCCAAUACGAGACGAUUCGUAUGAUUACGAAAUGAAGUUAAGAGAGUCCGGAGCUGCGACGGAACUAGUCAUUGUGCCAGGUGUCUGUCACGGUUUCUUUGGAUUAAUAGGUCAUUUCAAAGGAAGCUGCGAUACAGCCAUAAAUGCUGUUGUUAAAUUUAUGAAGACACAUUCGCUGUGAUCUUGUUGCAGUACAGGAACACUGCGUUGUAUGAACACCUGUGGUCAUACACCGCGUUGUAUGAACACCUGUGGUCAUACACCGCGUUGUAUGAACACCUGUGGUCAUACGCUACAGUUGGACUGUUUAAUAUAUGUACAGUGUAUGCAAGUAUAUAUGCUUGUGGUCUUACGUGGAAACAAUUUUUCAGUCAUAUGACGACGAUGAAGGACUAAUUAUUAGUUUGAACGUAUCUCAAUACAUGAUCUAAGUAUGACGAAAUAUUAAUUAAAACGGCAAAUUACAUUCUUUUUCUUUCUAUGUCCAAAGUUCCCUUAAUAAGCCUGACUUCUUUCAUGGGUGACCCAUUCUUCUGUAUGGUGUUAUAAGCUAAUUACAUACACAAAUAUCCAAAACGCCCCCAAUUUAAUGUUUUCAAUUCUCAGGUCAUUGCUUUGUAAUUGCUUCUUAUACGAGUCAAUAAAUUUUGUUUUA